GGUGGCGGCGCGGGGAUGGUGGCGGCGGCCACGGCGGCUCCGGGAGGCGGCGGCGCCGGCAUGGACACCCGGCUGGACCAGGAGACGGCCCGGUGGCUGCAGUGGGACAAGAAUCCUUUAACUUUACAGGCCGUGAAACAACUAAUAGCAGAAGGUAAUAAAGAAGAACUACAAAAAUGCUUUGGGGCUCGAAUGGAGUUUGGGACAGCUGGCCUUCGGGCUGCCAUGGGAGCAGGAAUUUCUCAUAUGAACGACUUGACUAUCAUCCAGACUACGCAGGGGUUUUGCAGAUACCUGGAAAAACAAUUCAGUGACCUGAAGCAAAGAGGUGUCGUGAUCAGCUUUGAUGCCCGAGCUCAUCCAGCAAGUGGAGGCAGCAGCAGAAGAUUUGCCCGACUUGCUGCAACCACGUUUAUCAGUCAGGGGAUUCCUGUGUACCUCUUUUCUGAUAUAACCCCAACCCCCUUUGUGCCGUAUACAGUGUCGCAUUUGAAACUUUGUGCUGGAAUCAUGGUAACCGCCUCUCACAAUCCGAAGGAGGAUAAUGGUUAUAAGGUCUAUUGGGAUAACGGAGCUCAAAUCAUCUCUCCUCAUGAUAGAGAGAUUUCUCAAGCUAUUGAAGAAAAUCUAGAGCCAUGGUCUCAAGCUUGGGAUGAUUCUUUAAUUAAUGGCAGUCCACUUCUUCACGACCCAAGUGCUUCCAUCAAUAAGGACUACUUCGAAGACCUUAAAAAAUACUGUUUUCACAGGGGUGUGAACAGGGAGACCAAGGUGAGGUUUGUGCACACCUCUGUCCAUGGCGUGGGCCACAACUUUGUGCAGUCGGCUUUUAGGACUUUUGACUUGGUUCCUCCCGAGGCUGUUCCCGAACAGAAAGAUCCCGAUCCAGAGUUCCCAACAGUGAAAUACCCGAAUCCCGAGGAGGGUAAAGGUGUCUUGACUUUAUCUUUUGCUUUGGCCGACAAAACCAAGGCCAAAAUCAUUUUAGCCAAUGACCCAGAUGCUGAUAGACUUGCUGUGGCAGAGAAACAAGACAGUGGUGAAUGGAGAGUGUUUUCAGGCAAUGAGCUGGGGGCACUCUUGGGCUGGUGGCUCUUUACUUCUUGGAAAGAAAAGAACCAAGAUCACAGCACCCUCAAAGACGUGUACAUGUUGUCCAGCACGGUCUCCUCCAAAAUCUUGCGGGCCAUUGCCUUAAAGGAGGGUUUCCACUUUGAGGAAACAUUAACUGGCUUUAAGUGGAUGGGAAACCGAGCCAAACAGCUAAUAGACCAGGGGAAAAAUGUCUUAUUUGCAUUUGAAGAAGCCAUCGGAUAUAUGUGCUGCCCUUUUGUCCUGGACAAAGAUGGCAUCAGUGCCGCUGUCAUAAGUGCAGAGUUGGCUAGCUUUCUAGCAACCAAGAAUUUGUCUCUGUCUCAGCAGCUAAAGGCCAUCUAUGUUGAGUAUGGGUACCAUAUCACCAAAGCUUCAUAUUUUAUCUGCCAUGAUCCAGACACCAUUAAAAAAUUGUUUGAAAACCUUAGAAACUACGAUGGGAAGAAUAAUUAUCCAAAAACUUGUGGCAAAUUUGCAAUUUCUGGCAUUAGGGACCUUACCACUGGCUAUGAUGAUAGCCAGCCUGAUAAAAAAGCUGUCCUCCCUACUAGUAAAAGCAGUCAAAUGAUCACCUUUACCUUUGCUAAUGGAGGCGUGGCCACCAUGCGGACCAGUGGGACAGAGCCCAAAAUCAAGUACUAUUCAGAACUGUGCGCUCCCCCUGGAAACAGUGAUCCUGAGCAGCUGAAGAAAGAACUAAAUGAACUAGUCAGUGCUAUUGAAGAAUAUUUUUUCCAGCCACAAAAGUAUAACCUGCAGCCAAAGGCAGAGUAGACUAUUCCAGCUUUGGGCAUAAUUACAUUUACACACAAUUGAGCGGAGCUUCAUUUGUUAAGGAAUAUUUUUGAGGGCCAAAUGAUUUAAGCUAUCGCUACAGGUAUUUAUACAUUUUUUUAAUAGACCUACGUGUUUUCCUCAUUGUUCUAUGUUUGAUCUUUAAGGUGAAUAAAGAUAGCCAAACCUAAUAAACCAACAUUCCUAUUGAAAGGUUAAGCCUGGGCAUUAUCUAAAUUUAAAAAUGAAGAUUUUAAAAAUAACUAACUUUCAAAAAUAUAUUGUAAUUCAUAUGCUUUAAUUAGAAUAAAUAACACAUAUACGUCUUCUC